AUGCAAUUGUCGGACAGCGAAGAAGUGCGAGAAAUAUUGUCAUCGGUUGGUAUGAAUCACUUUAAAUAUGAUAACAAAAUGAUGUUGAUAUCUGAUCCCGAGGGCACAGUUGUCGCUCAAGACAUCACUACAGGUAAAUUGUUGGGAUUGUGUAGUGGUAUUAAUCUAUCCUCAGAUUUGGCGUUUAUUAAUAUAUAUGCAGUAAAACCAGAGUAUCAGGGAUUAGGCAUUGGAUCCGCUCUUUGGGAUAAAGCCAUUGAACACAUCGGCGACAGAAAUGUGAUAAUAUAUACCGGAGAUAAGAAGAUAGAAAAUUAUUACAAAAAUUGUCGCAAUUUUUCUGUUGUUCACAAACGAAAAAAACUUAUAAUGACUGGUAAUCCUGUGCUCAAGAGUCUGACCGAUAGUAUUCCCGGCAUAUGUUUGGUAGACAUGAAUGAUAAGAAUAUCGCGGAUGUGAUUGAAUACGACAAACAGGUCUGCGAUGGACUCGACAGGAGUGUACAGCUCAGGGCACUCAACGGUCAGUUUAAAACUGCAAGUCUUGUGGCCAUUGAUAAGUGCAAUAAUAAAGUGAUGGGUUAUGGCACGAUAUUGGAGAAUACGUCCGAGAAAACAAUGCCUUCAUAUACUAUACGGACAAUGCAAUUGUCGGACAACGAGGAAGUGCGGGAUGUGUUGGUAUCGGUUGAUAUGAAUCAAUUUAAAUAUACCACUGAAAUGAUAUUAACCACUGAUCCCGAGGGAGCGUUUGUGGCUCAAGACAUCACUACAGGUAAAUUGUUGGGAUUGUGUAGCGGUACUAAUCUAUCACCAGAAUUGGCGUAUCUGUGUAUAUAUGCCGUGAGACCAGAGUAUCAGGGAUUAGGCAUUGGAUCCGCUCUUUGGGAUAAAGCCAUUGAACACAUCGGCGACAGAAAUGCCUCACUUUAUGCCUCCGAACCAAAAGUAAUAGACGUUUACAAAAAUCGUCAAAAUUUUAAUAAAAUUCCCGAAAGACGAGAACUUGUAUAUAAAGGAAAUUUUGUGACCGAAAGUCUGAUCACUAGUAUUGAUGGCAUAUCUGUUGUCGACAUGAAUGAUAACAAUAUCGCGGAUGUGAUUGAAUACGACAAACAGGUCUGCGAUGGACUCGACAGGAGUGCACAGCUCAGGGCACUCAACGUACCGUUUAAAACUGCAAGUCUUGUGGCCAUUAAUGACAGCAAUAAAGUGAAGGGCUUUUGCUUUCUAUGGGAGAAUAUUUUUGACAGCGAAGCAGUGCGAAAAGUAUUGUCAUCGGUUGGUAUGAAUCACUUUAAAUAUGCCAUUGAAAUGAUGUUCAUAUCUGAUCCCGAGGGCACAGUUGUCGCUCAAGACACCAUUACAGGUAAAUUGUUGGGAUUGUGUAGUGGUAUUAAUCUAUCGUCAGAUUUAUCGUAUAUGAAUAUAUAUGCCGUGAAACCAGAGUAUCAGAGAUUAGGUAUUGGAUCCGCUCUUUGGGAUAAAGCCAUUGAACACAUCGGCGACAGAAAUGUGAUUUUAUAUCCUUUGGAUAAGGAAAUAGAAAAUUAUUACAAAACUCGUCACAAUUUUACUGUUGUUCCCAAACGAAGAAGACUUAUAAUGACUGGUAAUCCUGUGGUCAACGCUUUGACGGAUAGUAUUCGCGGCAUAUGUUUGGUUGACAUGAAUGAUAAGAAUAUCGCGGAUGUGAUUGAAUACGACAAACAGGUCUGCGAUGGACUCGACAGGAGUGCACAGCUCAGGGCACUCAACGGCCAGUUUAAAACUGCAAGUCUUGUUGCCAUUGAGAAGUGCAAUAAUAAAGUGAUAGGUUAUUGUUUUGUAUUUGAAAAUCUCCACGAGUAUCAGAGAUUAGGCAUUGGAUCCGCUCUUUGGGAUAAAGCCAUUGAACACAUCGGCGACCGAAAUGCUAUUCUAUAUCCUAUAGAUAAGGAUAAAGAAAAUUCUUAUAAAAAUCGUUACAAUUUUACUGUUGUUCCCAAACGAAGAAUACAUAUAAUGACUGGUAAUCCUGUGAUCAACGGUUUGUCGGCUAGUAUUCACGGCAUAAGUUUGGUUGACAUGAAUGAUAAGAAUAUCGCGGAUGUGAUUGAAUACGACAAACAGGUCUGCGAUGGACUCAACAGGACUGUACAGCUCAGGGCACUCAACGGCCAGUUUAAAACUGCAAAUACCAAAUUGGGAGACAAAACCGAUAGCGUACUGGUGCUGCACAUCAAACGAUAA